AUGUGAUCUUUGCUUUUGGAGAAGAACUCUACAUUCUUUAUUUUUUCUCCGUUUGCUGCAAGAUAGAUUUCUUCUUAGGAAGUGACUGGUUUUUACUUGUGAGGUGGCCAAUUCCCAGAGAGGAAAGUGUGGAAACCAUAAAUGAGAGCUAUCCUCACCCACAGUGCUGAAGAGAACCCUGCAGUAUUCUGCUACCAGGUGAAUGGGUCUUGUCCCAGGACAGUCCAUCCUCUGGGCAGCCGGCUGGCAAUCUACCUGGCCUGCACAGCAGGCAUGCUGACUACAGUCCUGGGGAAUUUGUUUGUGGUGUUUUCUGUGUCCUACUUUAAAGUACUUCACACUCCCACCAACCUUUUGCUGCUGUCUCUGGCCCUGGCUGACAUGGUGCUGGGUCUUCUGGUGCUGCCCUUAAGCACUGUUCACUCUGUGGAGAGCUUGUUCUUUGGGGACUUCCUCUGCCAUGUGCAUACCUACCUGGACACGCUGUUUUGCCUCACAUCCAUCUUUCAUCUCUGUUUCAUCUCUAUUGACCGCUACUGUGCCAUCUGUGACCCUCUGCUCUAUCCCUCCAAGUUUACAGCCAGGGUGGCCCUCAGGUACAUCUUGGCAGGGUGGGGGGUACCAGCGGCUUACAGCCUUCUUCUCUACACAGAUGUGCUAGAGAGGGGACUGAGCCAGUGGCUGCAAGAGAUGCCUUGUGUAGGUAGCUGCCAAUUGCUGUUCAAUAAGUGUUGGGGCUGGCUCAACUUCCCUGCGUUCUUUGUUCCCUGCAUCAUCAUGAUUAGCUUGUACGUAAAGAUCUUUGUGGUUGCAACCAGGCAGGCUCGACAGAUCAGCACUUUAAACAAAAGCUUGGCUGGGGCUGCCAAGCGGGAGAGAAAAGCUGCCAAGACCCUGGGCAUUGCUGUGGGCAUCUACCUCUUGUGUUGGCUUCCCUUCACUGUGGACACGAUGGUGGACAGCCUCAUUAACUUUGUCACACCACCCCUGCUCUUUGACAUCUUUAUCUGGUUUGCUUACUUUAACUCAGCCUGCAAUCCUAUCAUCUAUGUCUUUUCCUACUGGUGGUUCAGGAAGGCGCUGAAACUCAUCCUGAGCCGGAAAAUCUUCUCACUGCAGAAAUCCACCAUCAAUUUGUACCAAGAAUGACUGAACACAGGCAGGAAAUCAGUAGUGGGAGGAAGAACCUGAAGGAAGGACGAGAGGUACUGUGGCUAGGUGAUGUCGAAAGACUGUGGGCCGCUUCCGUGGGUUAAGUGAAGGAGAAAAAACAAACUUCAUAACUUGGGAGACAUAAGUGCUCCUCUCAUUCAAUAUUUUCAUGUGAGAUGUAGAAAAAGGAGAGUGAAGUCAUCUCAGUAUUCGCUAGGUAAGCCAGAGGACUGGAAAGUACCUGGGUCCAAAGUCAUUGCUUCCUUGAAACAACUGACAUGCAGACGUGGAAGGAGCUGAGGUCAAGGUCUGGAUUUCUGAGUUCUGUCCCUGGCUCUGCCACAUGUCGCAGUCGGGUAAGACUCUGCUAUAUUAGAAUUGACCGUUUCCUGCCAUAAAAUCUCCUCAUUUAGAAAAGUCAGUUUGUACUGUUUUCUCUUUAAGGCAUCCUGAAGCUACAAUAUUGUAUAAUGUAACUUUAGGAAACUUUUUUGAACCAUAAUUUUACUUCACAUUUUAUAAUUAUUGUCAAGUAUAUAAAAUAUCUUCUUUUCAAAAUGUUCGUUUUAGAAUCUUUGUCUUCUUGCAACCCAACCACAAAUAGAUUUGUUAUUCAGCUUUGUUUAUUUCAAUGAGUUAUCU